AGACGAACUCGUUGGAUGUCUAUUCUCAAGCAGCGCCGCAGUUUCGUUAACCCUCUUCAUUGUGGCGUGGUCCUCCGUCAACACACCAAGCUCAUGCAAUCCCGCCAAUCCACUAAGCCAAGUAUGUUAGCCACAGCCACAUCUUUUUUGUUUUCCUUCUGAUUAACCUGUCGGUCACGCAUCCUCUUGCCUGCCUAUGCCAUCCAGUUCUCGUCCUUUACAGAUUGGCUUUUUCUUUUCCGGCGUGUCGAGAUGCAGAGCACUGUGCCUGGUCCUCUUUUCACCCUUAGUUAUGCUACUUUCCGUCUGUUCGAGGUGUAAAAGUUUCCAGUCAUCCUGUUUCCCGAAUCUCGCUUUCGUCCAAUAUCCCGCAGGGUCAAUGCGUCUUCAGCAUCCUGGUCGCCCUGGUAGCACGAUUCGAAUAUCAGACCAACAAAUCUCGGUCCAAUCUCGCACCAUCCUUCAAGGGGAGCCUGUGGUUCACGCGGCCACAGAUUUUGCUUUCUGGGUUUGCUUUCUUCGCUGAAACGUAACAAUCAAUUCCCCGAUGUGAAAUCUGCGCUAUAGUUAAGAAAGAA